GGUAAUGGACCAGUAAAAGUCACUGGAAAAAUCAGUGGCUUGGCUGAUGGAGAUCAUGGCUUCCAUGUCCAUGAAUUCGGUGACAACACCAACGGGUGUACCAGUGCCGGUUCUCACUUCAAUCCUGAAGGCAAGCAGCAUGGUGGACCAGGUGAUGCAGAAAGGCACGUGGGAGACCUUGGCAACGUGCACGCUAAAGGCGGAGUGGCGGAAGUGGACAUAGAGGAUCCCCUCAUUUCUCUCAGCGGACCGUACAGCAUCAUCGGGCGUACCAUGGUGGUCCAUGAGAAACGCGAUGACCUGGGUCGAGGGGGAGAUAACGAGAGCAAAUUAACUGGAAAUGCUGGCCCUCGUCUGGCUUGUGGUGUAAUCGGGAUAGCGAAGAGUUAA